GUGCCCUGCGGGCUGUUGUUUCUCUAGCUAAGGAAUGACCGAUUUCCCCUCUGUGUCGUUAGGUUGACACCAGCCGAAUCGUCCACAUCCAUUCUGUGAUAAUCCUGCGCCGCUCUGACAAGAGGAAAGACCGUGUGGAGAUCUCACCAGAGCAGCUUUCAGCUGCUUCCACUGAAGCAGAGAGGUUGGCUGAGAUGACAGGACGUCCCAUGAGGGUGGUGGGCUGGUACCACUCCCACCCCCACAUCACUGUGUGGCCGUCACACGUCGAUGUCCGCACACAGGCCAUGUAUCAGAUGAUGGACCAAGGAUUCGUAGGGCUGAUCUUCUCCUGCUUCAUUGAGGACAAGAACACCAAGACAGGCAGAAUUCUCUAUACCUGUUUCCAGUCUGUUCAGGCCCAGAAGAGCUCAGAAUAUGAAAGGAUUGAAAUUCCCAUUCAUGUUGUGCCCCAUGAAACCAUUGGGAAAGUGUGUCUGGAAUCAGCUGUGGAGCUGCCCAAGAUCCUUUGCCAAGAAGAGCAGGAUGCCUACAGGAGAAUUCACAGCCUCACCCAUCUUGACUCUGUAACCAAAAUCCAUAAUGGCUCAGUGUUUACAAAGAACCUCUGCAGCCAAAUGUCUGCCAUCAGUGGGCCCCUGCUGCAGUGGCUCGAGGACAGACUGGAGCAGAACAAACAGCGUGUGCAGGAGCUGCAGCAGGAGAAAGAACAGCUGCUGGAGGAACUUGCUGCUUUAGAGUGAGGACGAAAUGCAGACCCUUCAGGAAAGUGACAUGAAAAAAUCUUUAAGAACUACUCCAGGCUGAAGGGUGGCCUUACAUUGCCUCAGUGAAGGUACUGGCUGUACCUUGCAACAAAGAGCAAAGAGCACAGCUCCAGGAUCAGGACUUUUAACUGCCCCAGCCUGGUGCAAAGGAGUGCUGUGUCUGCCAUUGCUGCACUUCUGGCUCAGGGGUGGGGCUGGGCAGCACCUCAAGACUCCUAUUUUGGAGAGCACACACCUAGGGAACCUCUUGUUUCUCCCUCUGCAUUUUGACAGCAGUCCUACUGCUUUACAUGUAUUCCAGGAGCCUGGAACAGGAGGGUUAGAGGGGAAAAGUGUGUCCCUGCUGUCAUAUCCAAUGCUGCCAUCUUCUGCUUUCUCUUAGUAGCUUCAGUUGACCAUGAUGUUAUACCUAGUAAUGUUCAGGAUCACUGCUCAUUCACCCAAGCAGGUAGAAGGGGGGAGGGAAGCUUGGGAACAGACCUGGAAGAUCUUUGACAUCUGUGUUCAGCAUAUGUCAAACCAAUAAAGACCCCCAAAGCUAGAGCUUUUGGGAGUAGAAAUGAAAUGAA